AUGUUGGACAUAAGUCCGACGCUAUUGACACGUGAUUUUAUCGGUCUAUGUAUUGGUAUUCUUUCUGUUGUGCUUGUCAUUCUUGUCGUAGCUAUAUGCAAAUGGUCUCGCUGUCUAUGUUUAAAACAUCAUAAUGGUAAUGAUGAUCAAAAUGAAGCAUUCUCAUCUAUUCUACAACCAAAUAUUUCAACAUCUGAUUUAAAUUUACGGCGUCAUUAUCAAAAUAAUCGUUAUCAUGUUCAUCCACCACCACCACCACCACAACAACAACAACAACAGCAAUUAUCAUCAUUAUAUCAAAGUCAUCCUGGUAGUAUCUAUCAGCAUAUAAAUAAUGCUGGAGAUGAUUUUAUUUCACCAUUACAAUCCAGUAAUAGUAGAUAUCGUCUAAGUGAUACUAAAGUACCUCGUUUUACAAUAACAACAUUACCAAUACAACCUUCUCAACAACGUGUUCCAUGUCUUUCGAUGAGUCCACAAAUAUCCGGCUCUUCGAUUACACGCAGUACGAAUUCACUUAAAUAG